GGCGAGUUGUGAAGGGCUCAACAUCCUGUGUGACUCCAGAAGGCUUUCCGUUCGUCAAAGUAGCGGAUUGAAUAUUUACUUUUGGAUGCUUUUGAGGCUACGUUCAUGUACACCGUAAUGCUUCGAUAGUAAAUCAAGGAUGUCAGUAUCGCCCUUGUUGCUGGCAGCAUGUACGGCUCUCAUUCUUUUUCACACUUUUCAUGUGAAGCAGGAAACGAAAGAAGGAGAAAAACCGAAAGUAGUAGAACAAACAAUAUGCACGAAAGAGUCUUGUCUAAAAGCAGCCGGAGCUAUUUUAGACAAGUUAGAUCAGACAGUUCAUCCAUGUAAAGACUUCUACCAGUUCGCCUGCGGAAACUACAUCCGCAGGACCGUUCUGCCUGAAAACGUCAACGUCAUGUCGGUGGUGCAAAAUAUGGAGGACGAAGUACUCAUGAUUAUAUACAGAGCUCUGGAAUCUCCAACUUUAUAUCGCACAGGUGGUUCUUUGAUUAAAGCCAAGUUGUUGUAUGAGACCUGCAUGAACAGCGACACACUGGAAGACGAUUCAGUCCGUGUUCUAAAGCUUUUCUUGUCAGAGCGAGGUGUAGGCCAUUGGCCAGUGCUCGACGCUGAUUGGAUGUCAGGGGAUAUGAAUCUGGAAUGGAGACUCGCUAUGUUAUUUGUCCAUCACGCACCCGUGUUUUUCCAUAUGUAUGCGGAUGCUCCUCCUUAUACUUCAGAAUACAUUCUCAACAUCUACCCGACUUCGUCUCCCCUUGGGGCUAAGGAAGUGAGCGAUGAGGACAGAGAGCGUAUUUUUGAGGCUUACCAUAAACUCCUCAUCGAGACUUUGAGACUUCUAGGUGUGCCGGAAGUUCGAGUGCAGAAAGAUUCGUUCAAAAUCAUAGGUUUCGAACUCCAGUUUUCCAUGAUCAGCAACAUAUCUCAGCACUGUCUAGCUCAAGUAGCGAAAGAUUCCAAUGAAACUCAAGCAGAUGACACAAAGCUGUAUAACAUCACUGUUGAUGACUUGGAGUAUCAUAUACCUCAAAUUAAAUGGAGUCGCUUCAUGACCUACGUUUUCCGGAAUCUGGGACUUCCUAUCGACACCAGCAAUCUAUAUAUGAUGGUUCACUGCAAGGAAUACUUUCAUCAUCUUGGAACUCUACUUUCUAACACUCCACCCAGGGUGCUGGCUAAUUACAUGUCGUGGAAAUUCGUGUUGAGCUACAUGUCUUUCAUGAGCAUGCCCUUCCGCCAAAUCUUCCAAGACUAUACCCUGCUGACACCAGAGUUGAAGCAUUCGAAACUGAAGACAUAUACUUCCAGGUGGAAGGGAUGCGUCAGCCUUGUCGGAUCAUGGUUUGGGAACGCCAUUGCUGCAUAUUACGCUAAACACGGCUAUCCAAAGGAUGUAGAAGAAAAGGCUAAGAUGUUGGUUUCGUCGCUAAAAAGAACGUUUAUUGAUAUAAUAGGUUCCACGUCUUGGCUGGAUGAAGAUUCAAAAAACGUUACCAUUGAGAAAGUACUUUCAAUGAAAACAGAAGUGGGAUAUCCACGACACAUGCUGAGUUCUGACUAUGUCGAGCCAUUUUAUGCUAAACUGGAGUUGGAUACGGACAGCUUGCUGAAAAACAUGUUGAAAAUGAGCAGAUUUCUGGUGUAUAACGAGCUUCAGAAAUUAAAUAGGCCCGUAGAAGAAUAUAGGCAGAUGGUGGAUAACAUCUACAAAGGUCCUCUUCAAGGAAGUGCUCAUUACUUUGCAACAAAAAAUGCUUUAGUUGUUCCUAUGGGUAUUUUAAGACCACCCAUGUUAGAUGUAGAAAAUCCUGAGUACCUGAACUAUGGAAUGCUUGGUAACGAAAUCGCUCACGAGAUGGCUCAUGGGUUUGAGAAUAUCGGUCUUCAGUACGACAAAGAAGGUAAGGAGAGUUCUUGGUGGAGUGAAGAGAUGAAAAAUAAAUUCUGGAUGAAAGCUAAAUGCUUCGUCGAUCAGUACAACCGAUACGUAAUCGAUGCUGCAGAGGAACAGACCGUAGAUGGUCAGAGAACUUUACAUGAAAAUAUAGCUGACAGUGCUGGACUCAAGAAAGCAUUUAUGGCUUACCAAAACUACGUGAAAGAACAUGGAAAAGAACCUAAGCUGCCAGGAAUGGAAUUCACCAAUCAGCAACUAUUUUUCAUCAGUUUUGCCCAGAUGAAAUGCGAAGUCCGAAACAAAGAAGGCUUCGAGGAAUACAUCGGGGAUUCUUCAACGUCAUUACUUCAGACACCCUUCAGAUAUAGAGUGAAUGGAGCCUUGUCAAAUUCGGAAUUCUUCGCCGCCGUGUUCAAGUGUCCAUCAGGUAGUCCUAUGAGCCACACAAAACGCUGCUCCGUGUGGUAAAAGCGACGAGGAUGAAGACGCAUCAGGCUGCUUGUGUCAUUGUGGGAUUUUAACUCCGUUUUCCUUAUACUGUAAUAAUGUACAAUAAAUAUUUUAACACGUGAAAA